AAUCGCUGCUCCGGACAUAUCUGUCAUGCUUCGGCGUCCUGUUCCUGUGGGAGUAAGCGGUCAACAUGCAGCUUGGGCGUGUUUGUGUGUAACAAAGGCGGUGUAAAACAGUUGAGCGCACUCUGAUGCACAUACAAGCAUUGAAGAACAUCAGCAAACUGCAAAAUUGCUUUUUUCCCCCGCAAGAAGAUGUGUGCUAAAAAUAAGCGACUGUCAAUGGCGAGAUACUUUCAAGCGUGAGGCGCGUGGAGUGAUUUAGCCCAUUGAUCGACAAUGGGAAGGAGGCGGAUCCGGCUCUAGUGGCGUCAUUCUGAGGGAUCUGAAGAUGGCUCCUCUAUACGCGUAUCUGGCACACAGCUGCGUCAACGCUCAGCUGUCAGAACACAUAUUGGUGUGAGUAGGAAGGGUUGAAAGUAGAAAUACAACGAGACUGACAGGCAGACCUCCGUCGCUUGAACUCACCUUUGAUCAGUGCGACACCGCCGCUCCAGCCGCCGCGCGCACGCCGGAGCCAUGGGGUCGACCACGGACCAAGAAUUUAAAGAUAAAUUGCUGUGGAAUGUGAAACGGGAGGUGAAGCAGCUCAUGGAAGAGGCUGUCACCAAGAAGUUUGUGCACGAGGACAGCAGCCACGUCAUUGCCCUCUGCAGUACGAUUGAGGCCUGUCUGGGGCACAUGCUGAAGCGACGGGCUGCGGGUUUUCUGCGCAGCGAUAAGAUCGCUGCUCUCUUCACUAAGAUGGGGAAGGUGAAUGAGACAGUGGGGGAGGUGUGCCGCAAGGUGCAGGAGCAGCUGCAGCAGCAAGCCGAGGCCACCAGGAGGAUGCAGAGCUCAGCUCAGGCAUGCCGGCGGCGCAGGAUCGCCGCGGCUGAAGCACUGGGCGGCCCUGCCCCCUCUCGCCCAGGCCAUAAAGCACAUCUGGGUGUCUGUACUGAGUGUUGCUCUGUGCAGGGGGGUGAGGUGUCUGUACUGAGUGUUGGUCUGUCGUCUCUCUGCAGUCAGUACUACGAGAAGGAAGCUCUGAUGCACGACUUGGUCUGUGGUCCCAUCCUGGCAGCUCUGCUGGUUGGGCCUUGUGCGCUGGAGUACACCAAGUUAAAAACCUCGGAUCACUUCUGGACCGACCCGUCAGCCAAUGAGCUGGUCCAGAGACACCGGAUCCACGGGGCCCACCGGGGCCAGGACCCCUCGCCCAGCAGGAGGCCCGCCCUGGGGAUCCGGAAGCGGCAGUCCAGCGGCAGCAUGUCGGAGGACAGGUUCGCUGCGUCGGCGCGUGAAUACGUGGAGUCGCUGCACCAGAACUCACGAACGCACCUGCUCUACGGCAAGAACAACGUGCUGGUGCAGCCGAAGAAGGACAUGGAGGUUUUGCGGGGGUACCUCUCUCUCCACCAGGCGGGGGAGAACCUCACCCUCAAGUGGACCCCAAAUCAGCUGAUCAACGGAACGCUGGGAGACUGCCACCUGGAGAACAGUAUAUACUGGGACUAUGCUCUGACUGUGCCUAUCCGCCAGAUCGUGUGCCUCCACUGUCAUCAGCGAGCGGACUCCGGGGGCACCCUGGUGCUGGUGAGCCAGGACGGCAUCCAGCGCCCCCCCUUGCUCUUCCCCCCCGGGGGACACCUGCUGGCCUUCCUGUCCUGCCUGGAAAGCGGCCUGCUCCCCCGCGGGCAGCUGGAGCCCCCCCUCUGGUCCCAGCGGGGCAAGGGUAAGGUCUUCCCCAAGCUGAGGAAGAGGAACAGUACGGCCCGUCUUGGGGGGGAGGAGGUGGGGAGAGAGGAGGAGGUGGCUGCUGACUACGUCUUCCGCAUCGUCUACCCUGGCCACCGCCACGAGUCCAUCACUAUAAACUACCACCACACGACGGGCAGUCGCGCGCCCUCGCUGGACGACGACGAGGAGGAGGAAGAUAGACUUCACGCAAUGAUCUCAAUGAUCUGCUCGCGGAACCUCACAGACUCAAAUGCCAUGAAAGACCAUGGGGAGAUGCUGGAGGGACAGGCCUUUGGGGGAAGCCCGUUGUCAUGGCAGCAGGGAGAGUGCAGCAGCCACAUGUCGUCCUGCCUGUCCUGCUCCACCGGGGGCAGCAGCGCGUCCAUCGAGCUUCCCCCCGGCUGCACCUGCAUCCACGACCGGAUUCCUCUGAAGAUGCUGUGCCAGAACAUGAAGAGGCAGAUCGUCUCCAGGGCCUUUUACGGCUGGCUGGCGUACUGUCGGCACCUGUCCACCGUGCGCACACACCUGUCAGCGCUGGUCAACCACAGCAUCGUCCCGCCUGACAAGCCCUGCGAGGCGUCAGGGGGUCUGAGUAAGGACGUCUGGAGCAAGUACCAGAAGGACCGCAAGAACUACAAAGAGCUGGAGCUCCUGCGAUUGGUCUACUACGGAGGGGUGGAGCACGAGAUCAGGAAAGAGGUGUGGCCUUUCCUGUUGGGCCAUUACAGGUUUGGCAUGAGCAAGAAGGACAUGACACAGAUCGAUGAGAAGAUCACGGCCAGGUAUGAACAGGUGAUGCGGGAGUGGAAGGCGUGUGAGGUCAUAGUGAAGCAGAGGGAGAAGGAGUCAACAUCGGCCAUCUUGGCCAAACUGUCCUCUGGGAGCAGCAUCGACAGCCACGUCCUGAGACUCAUCCACAGAGACUCAACUCUGAGCAACGAGGUGAGAAGACACUUCACACACACACGCGCACACAUACAUGCACACGCACACACACACACACACACUACCAUGCCCGCGUCUUUCUCCUCAUACACGAUUGAGCUGCUGGACACUGUAGCUCUAAACCUCCACAGGAUCGACAAGGACGUCCAGCGCUGCGACCGCAAUUACUACUACUUCACCCCCGCCAACCUGGAGAAACUGCGCAACAUCAUGUGCAGUUACGUGUGGGAGCACCUGCAGGUGGGGUAUGUCCAGGGCAUGUGUGACCUGCUGGCCCCGCUAAUGGUCAUUCUGGAAGAUGAAUGCCUUGCAUACAGCUGCUUCACCCAGUUGAUGAAGAGGAUGAGCCAGAACUUCCCCAGCGGGGGCGCCAUGGAUACUCACUUUGCGAACAUGAGGUCGCUGAUACAGAUCCUGGACUCAGAGCUGUUUGAGCUGAUGCAACAGAAUGGGGACUACACACACUUCUACUUCUGCUACCGCUGGUUCCUCCUGGACUUCAAACGAGAGAUGCUCUAUGAGGACGUGUUUUCGGUGUGGGAGGUGAUCUGGGUGGCUCCUCGGAUCUCUUCCCGGCACUUUGUCCUGUUCAUCGCCCUGGCGCUGGUGGAGGUGUACCGGGAGAUCAUCCGCGACAACAACAUGGACUUCACCGACAUCAUCAAGUUUUUCAACGGUGAGUUACUGACUGCUGUGUGUGUGUAUGUGUGUGUCUAAGAGAGGACUCUCUGUGUGUUUGUGUGUGUCUAAGAGAGGACUCUCUGUGUGUUUGUGUGUGUCUAAGAGAGGACUCUCUGUGUGUUUGUGUGUGUCUAAGAGAGGACUCUCUGUGUGUAUGUGUGUGUCUAAGAGAGGACUCUCUGUGUGUAUGUGUGUGUCUAAGAGAGGACUCACUGUGUGUGUGUGUGUCUCAGAGAGGACUCACUGUGUGUGUGUGUGUGUGUGUGUGUGUCUAAGAGAGGACUCUGUGUGUGUGUGUGUGUGUGUCUCAGAGAGGACUCACUGUGUGUGUGUGUGUGUGUGUGUCUAAGAGAGGACUCUCUGUGUGUAUGUGUGUGUCUAAGAGAGGACUCACUGUGUGUAUGUGUGUGUCUAAGAGAGGACUCACUGUGUGUAUGUGUGUGUCUAAGAGAGGACUCACUGU